UCAUUAUUACAUUGACUGUAGCUGUUUCUGAAUGAUCAUAUCUUUAUAUUUUUAUUUAAUCUAUAUGCAAAAUCAACAAACAGUUGAAAUCGGCAAAUCAAAAUCAAUUGAUAUUCUCGAUCUUUCUACUCCAGUCUGUGAAGCCAGUUACGGAAACAGACCAAGAUACAGUGCCUUCAAGUACGCCGCUGCCAAGGUCACUUCCGGCGGAUGUCCACACGGAUGGCAUCAGUACAACAAACGUUGUUACUGGUUCAGCAGAGACAAGCUCAACUGGUACACAGCGUCUAUGAGAUGUACCGCUAUGGGAGGAUAUCUCGCUUCUGUUGACCAGUCUCACGAGAACACGUACAUCAGACACAUGUUGAGCACCUAUGGAUUCUGUGAAGCCAGUUACGGAAAUAGACCAAGAUACAGUGCCUUCAAGUACGCCGCAGCCAAGGUCACUUCCGGCGGAUGUCCACACGGAUGGCAUCAGUACAACAAACGUUGUUACUGGUUCAGCAGAGACAAGCUCAACUGGUACACAGCGUCUAUGAGAUGUACCGCUAUGGGAGGAUACCUCGCUUCUAUUGACCAGUCUCACGAGAACACGUACAUCAGACACAUGCUGAGCACCUAUGGCUUCCGAAGAGGAGCAUGGAUGGCAUUGAAUGACGUUCUGAGACCAAACAAACACAGAUGGUGCUGGGGAUUCAUCGUAAAGCCAUGUCACAAAUUUGACUGGUACGGUCAGGAACCAGUUUACCACACUACUGGUGACUACAACUGUGGAAUAUUCUGGAGGUCUUACAAAUACCACUGGCACGUGGACAGUUGUGGUCAGGGCAAUCAUUACGUCUGUGAGAGACCAUUGGGAAAGCCGUGCAUUUGUGCAUAUUAG